AUGCAUCCCGAAAAAUUGGGAUUCGAAGACUGUGACCUUAAUUCAAUUUUCAAAGCUAUCGACAAAGACACCCAGACCAUCGAAGCCAACUCCGUCAAAAGUUCAGAGAGUUCAGUAAAGUCAUAUAAAUUACCCCUGCCGAGAGAACUAGAGAAACCUGAAGAUGGUACUAUUAAGGUAUUCUCGUUUUGUCAGGUAAUACAGGAUCCUGAUUGCCCGAAACUCGUUACAAUUGUCAGAGAAUCUGUCACUGAAGAGGUUCACAAACACAACGAAUCACCGAAUAGUGACGCUGUCUCAAACAGGUACAGGUAUUGCAAAGAAGUUAUAAAGCCUUAUCUAAAAGAUUACCCACCAGAUUGCCCUGAUUCUGGAGAACUACUCUUAAGGGAUGCAAUAAUAACUGCUAAUGAGGAGUUCCCCGAGUACCCACCCUGUUACGAAGUCCCUGUAAAUGAAUCUGACAUACAACCGGAGCACAAAACAAAACAAGAAGGAAAGUAUAUACCACCCAUUCAAUCAAAAAAAUCGGAUAAACCUCUCUGUCCUCCUGUCCAACCUCCUGCCUGUAUUCAACCAAAGCCAGAUUUAGAUUGUACUAAAAAGACAUCCCAUAAGGAUUUAAAGCCCAAACAAUCAAAAAAGGAUCUAAUUCCUGCUAAAAAGUCUAAUACUUCAAAACAAUCUAGUACUUCCAAAAAAUCUAAUACUUCAAAAAAAUCUAGUACUUCAAAAAAAUCUGAUCAUAAGAGCACGAAGAUAGCCGAUUGUGUAGCUGAAAAAGCUGCUUUGAGGAAAGCCGAAAAAUGCUUAGCCGAAAAAGCCUUAGCUGCUAAGUGUUGUGAGAAAAAACUAGCACAAAAGGAAUGUACUUGUCCAGCCAAAAAAUCCGAUAAAGAUCUUAGUAAAAAAUGUGAAAAGAAAUCUAGUAAAGAUUCAUGUAAAAAAAAGUCUGACAAGGAUUUAUGUUUGAAACCAUCUGAUAAAAAUAUAGCUAAGCAGGGAUGUACUUGUGAUAAAAACUCCGACAAAGACAAACCGCAUCUUAUACUCUGCCCAGGUCAAAAAGUUCCCAAAAUUUGCAUAGAGAUUACUGAUCCAAAAUGUUGUCCAGAAAUCCCACAGCCAGCAUUCUGUGAAGACGAAGACAAACGGAGACAUCAAGACGAAGCCUGUCAAGAGGAUUUAUUUCCACCAGAAAAUUGCGCCCCCGAAGUCGUAGAAGAGUGUAAUUGUGGAGGAAGUCCAAAAGACGACGAUUGUCCAGAAAAACCAGGAAAGGAAAAAUCUUCAAAAUCAAAUCCAAAGGCCUCCUGGCCCCCGAGCAUAGGAAAAAAAGAUCAUACUAACAAAAAAGACGGCUCGCCUGAGAAGAAAGACUGCCUUGGUUGCCUUUUAGAGUCUUUACGUCGUAUAUCAUCUGACGCAGAAUCGUGCAAACGUAAGGCCGAAAAGUGUGCCGAAUUAAAAAAGAAGUUAUCAUCUGAAAAAAAACCGUGUCCUCCACCCACAAAACCUCCAAGCAAACCACCCGAUUCUCCUAAGCGCAAAAUGGGAGACUGUCCAUCAGAGAACCCACCCUUAAAUUGUAAGCCCAAGGCUAAAGCUCCAUGUCCUAGCACCCCCAUCGAUGUGUGUUCCCCCAAAGAACGCAAGUCAUCGCAAAAAGGUGGUUCGAAAGUCGGUGAGGAAAGAAGCAAAAAGGGAGCAGGCGGAAGCACUAGCGCGCGUAAAGUUGAUGAAUCGGUCAAAGGCAAUCUAGUUCAAGUUCAAGCCGAAGAAAGACAAUUAGGUUCAUGUACGUGUACUACAAAUGCCGAAGUUAAAUCAGCUAUAGACGCACAUCACAAGACUUUGGCUACCCUUAAAUGCGCUAUGGAAGACUUCAUGUGUAAGAUGUAUAGAACCACACAGGAGGCCGUGACAGUAAUCACCACUGAAAGUGCCAAGCAGCUGCAAAAGAUAAAGAAAUCCGCUUCCAAAUCGUCUGAUGAGUGCAGACCACCGAAGAAAGUAUGCGAUACCCGUAGCAAGAAUAACUUGAGAAGAUUUAGUAUAGUGAACAUAGAUAACCCAAACCCAGACACGUUAAAGAAAUUGCCUGAUUGCGUACCCCCGGUCGGCCAUGACAGGGGUCCUUUGAAAUACUUUGACGCAGUAGUUUCUAAAGUAGAUUCUGCAGCAUCAAUGAUAAGUGAUACACUUGCCUUUGACAUGCCAAAACCUUUGAAGCCAAGAACAUUUAACGACUGUAGUUCUGAGUAUGACGUACCCAAUACUACUAGGCCUUAUCCAUCAGAUAUCACGAACGUUUUGGAGUCUGAAGGCACAUCAAGCAUGUUCGCAUCAUGGAGAGACAAGCUUUGGGCUAUGUUCAUUGAGGAUGAAAAUAAGCCAGAAGUCGAGAUUGCAUCCAAACAAUCAGGAUCGAUAACAUCGGAAAGUGAUGAAGAUCUUUUACAUAAGUUGAUUGAUUAA